ACCCUCAAAACCCCUUUGUCCAUUUUACAGUUCUUACACCAUUUCCUUCUCUAUAGCAGAAUAAAGCAAGUGCAAAAGCUGAUUCUGGGUUCUUAAAAUUUGCAUGAUUUUCUUGCAUUUGGAUUUUGUAUAAGCUCAAAGUUGAAAGAUUUGUGAAAUCUUGAUAUGAAAGCUUUAAGAAUUUUGAGGACAUUGAACUCAUCACUAUCUUCAAAUCCAAGCAAAACCCAUUUCAAUUCAACCAUUUUCCUUCGCUUUUACUCAGCCCAACCUCAAGAAGACCACCCCACAAGCACUGGUCUUUCUUCCUCUGAAGAAGAUGACACGUCUUCCUCAGUCUUCGACAGUUCGCAAUACGAUGUGGGUGUGGGAUUAAACAAUGAUGUUAAUUCAGAAAGCAGUGUAAGCUCCACUUGGGAUGAGAAAUAUAGGGAUAGAGUGAAAACUAAAGUCUUUGGUGAAGACCCUUCAGAGAUUAAGAGUUCAAGAAUCUUGAUUAAAGAAGAGGAGAAGAGAAGAAGAGCUGCUUUAUUGGCUAGGACUCUUCUAGAAUCUGCACUGGACCGGCCUGAUGAGGAAGGGGACGAAGAUAAAGAGGAUGAGUUGGUGAAGGAAGAAGAUCAAAUGUCAUUGAGUGUGGGAAUUAUUGGAGCUCCUAAUGCUGGGAAAUCUUCAUUGACUAAUUACAUGGUUGGGACCAAAGUAUCUGCUGUAUCACGGAAGACAAAUACCACUACUCAUGAAGUCUUAGGUGUGAUGACUAAAGGGAAAACACAAAUUUGUUUCUUUGACACCCCCGGGCUUAUGCUAAAGAAAAGUGGAUUUCCUUACAAAGACAUGAAAGCACGUAUUGAAAGUGCAUGGAGGUCUAUUGAUCUAUAUGAUGUACUCAUUGUCAUAUUUGAUGCUCAUAGGCAUCUUACCAAGCCUGAUUCCCGAGUGGUGAGGUUGAUUGAGAGAAUGGGCUCUGAGGCUAAUUCAAACCAGAAGCGCUUACUGUGUAUCAAUAAAGUUGACCUAAUCGAGAAAAAGAAAGACUUGUUGAAAGUUGUAGAGGAAUUCAAAGACCUUCCUGGAUAUGAAAGGUGCUUUACGGUAUCCGGACUAAAGGGCGCUGGAGUGAAAGAUUUAACAAAAUACUUGAUGGAGCAGUCAGUGAAAAGACCGUGGGAUGAAGAUCCAUUUGUCAUGAGUGAAGAAGUUAUGAAGAAUAUUUCAAUGGAAGUUGUCAGGGAAAAGUUGCUACAUUACAUACAUCAGGAAAUCCCAUAUGGCAUUGACCAUCGCCUGAUGGACUGGAAGGAGUUACGUGAUGGUUCCCUAAGAAUUGAACAGCAUUUGAUCACACACAAGAUAAGCCAACGCAAGAUUCUCGUAGGAAAGAAUGGUUCCAAAAUAGGGAGAAUAGGUAUAGAGGCAAAUGAAGAGUUAAGAACGAUAUUCAAGAGAAACGUCCAUCUAAUGCUUAUGGUUAGAGUGAAAUCAUGAGAUCAAAGACAAUGCCCUUGUUUUGCAUGUGUGUGUGUAUAUAGAGGUGCUCCAGUUUUUGUCCCUUUACCAAAGCAAAUGUCAGUUGACACAAUAAUUUACCCAAGCAUAUCAUUAAUCCAAAAUUAUGUUGUUCUGAUACAAAAUAUGGAAGAGAAGCUUAAUUUCCCUUUACAUGUGAAUACAUUUAUAUUCUUUUCCAUAGAUUUUAAGGUCAAAAUUCUAGACAUAGUUUGUAUUCCAAUUGGAUUAAGGGUACAAUCCCCCCUNCCCCCCCCCCCCCCCCAGAGAGUAAG